UGCUAUGUCUGCGGCCAAUUUAUCAAGACAAGAGCGAAAAAGUACUCUGGAAGCAUCUGCUAAGAUGUGUGAGGCCUACAAGGCAUAUUUUGGCAUGCCUGUCGGGGAUAAAAACAAACCCUGGGCACCUCAUGUCACCUGCGAGCAAUGCAAAACAACCCUGGAAGGUCGACGCUGCUGCGCCUGGCCGAGCUGGAGGAGCAGCGGCGGCGCGGGCACGAGGAGGCGGCGGCGCGAUCCCGCAACGCGGGGCUGCGCGCGGCGCGCGAGCGCGACGUGGCGCGCGACGCCGCGCGGUCCCUGGCGCGCGCCGCGUGCCGCGUGCGCGAGCGCGUGCGCGAUGCCGUCAACUCGCGCUCCUUCCAGCACGUGGCGCGCGAGGCCGAGGAGAGCGCGCGCACGCUGCGCCGUGCGCCGCCCUGGUAG